CGCCGGCUUCCUUUGUGUCAUGAGCUGCGCACUCAGCCUCUCACAACUUGCUGGCCUAUCCUCGUCCUUGCUCCACGCAUCCUCUCUGCGAUGAUGUUGCAUGCGGAGAGGCGUGCAUGAACCGGUUGUGUUGCGAGCCCGCGACAUUACGAUUACUACUACUUCGAUAAUCGUUGCCUAGGAUGGGCUGAUCACGCUGCCUCCCUCCUUUCUCUGUUGCUCGUCUUCCUUAAACCUUCCCACUACCCCAUUUCUGUCCUCCCUAGAGAUCGCGCUACUUUGUCUACUGUAUCUUCAGCAAGCCUUUUCCCUGCAUCAAGCUAACAUCAUGGCCGAAACAGAGGCUUUUAUUGAGCUAGGCUGCACGGCGCUCACUCGCGCGGCAGAUAAAUACCACGACACAGUAUGGGAUCGACUGCCCACCUGGAGGAAGAAACAGAUCAAAGAACAAGACCGUGAAGAUCGCGCCCGUGAAACCAGGACUCGCUCCCGCUCCGUACCCAACAACGAUUACUACGUAGACGACGACCGCUCUCGAUAUCCCGAACAGAAGGGCGUGCUGGUCAGGCGUGAGGAAGUGUAUCCAAAGAAUCGUGACUACAGAGAGGAAACCAUGAUCGAACGUGUGGGUGGCGACCGCAAAUCAACAUACGACACCCGUAAUCGUUACGGUGACCAUGGUGCCAUGGUGACAACCCGCGAUUCGUAUGCUGCGACUUACUACCCAGACGGAGCUCCUCCAAACUCUGCCAUGGUACGAAAUCCUCACCCAGCCGACUCCAUAAUCCUCGAACGCAAUCGCUACCGUGCGCGCAGCCUUUCACGCAGUCGCUCGCAGUCGCGCCAUCGCAGCAAGUCACGUCACCGACGAUCGGGAUCCCAUGUCGACCAUGACGAUGAUUCCAAGAAGCGCAAAUACGGUCCUACGAUUGUCGGAGCUGUUGCCGGUGGUCUUGCAGGUCGCAAUCUAGGUGACGGCGAUCGUUUGACUACAGUAGCUGCAGCCAUCAUUGGUGCUGUGGGCGCGAAACAUGGAUACAAGGAGUACGAGAAGCGAAAGUCAAAGAAGCACCACAAAGAAGAUCGUGACUGGGAAGACGAGCAUGCAGAUGACUAUUAUGAUGACGACUCGCGGGCUUCGCGUGCGCAAUUCAGGGGUGGACGCGAUGGACGGAUCCACUUCUCCAAGAGUCCCAGCCGAAGCCGGCGAUAGGAGUCUACUGGUAGCAUUGGGCGGGAAGAAUGGCUUUUUUUUCCUUAUGCGAGGUUCAUUGAGCAAGUAUCGGAACACAAGCACGGCGUUAUCAUGACGAGCACUUUAUGAACUACACAAAAUAUCCACCAUGCUUCUAGCACGGUCACGACCCGGUUUCGUCUACGGUUGUACCAAUACGGGAAUGAGUUUUAGGCAUUAGCGAGCAUGUAACAUGACGAAAUUAGCAAGUAGACUUGCACAUCUCAUUCAUCC